CAUCACAUGAGAGCUCAUACUGGAGUGAAGCCGUUCAUGUGUGAUCAGUGUGGGAAGAGUUUCAUGGACUCUUCAAAACAUAAAAGACACAUGAAGGUCCACACCGGAGAGAAGCCGUUCACGUGUGAUCAGUGUGGGAACAGCUUUAAAGAAAAAAUAGACCUUAAAAAACACAUGAGGAUCCACACUGGAGAGAAGCCUUACGCAUGUGGUCAAUGUGGGAAGAGUUUCACAGAUUCAGCGUACCUUAAGAUUCACACGAGGAUCCACACCGGAGAGAAGCCGUUCGAGUGUGAUCAGUGUGAAAAUAGAUUCUCAAUUAAAAGUAGACUUCAACUUCACAUGAGAAUCCACACCGGAGAGAAGCCUUAUGCAUGUGAUCAAUGUGGGAAGAGAUUCCCAAUCAAAGCAAGUCUUGAGCUUCACAUGAGGAUCCACACGGGAGAGAAGCCGUUCAUGUGCGAACUGUGUGAAAAGAGAUUCUCAAUAAAAAAAAAUCUUAAACUUCACAUGAGGCUCCACACCGGAGAGAAGCCGUUCACAUGUGCCCAGUGCGGAAAAACCUUUUUCUGGGCAUCAAACCUGAAGAAACACCUGACAGUUCAUACGAAGGAGAAGCCGCAUUCAUGUUCUGAGUGUGGAAAGAGUUUUUCACUGCUGCAAAGUUUAAAAAUACAUCAGAAAAUACAUACUGGUGUG